ACAUACAAUAGCGGGUUAAUCUGGCUGUUAGAGGUUGGGCACAUUUGUGUGGUUCCUCUCCUCAUCCUCCAGAGUUCCCAGCUCGUACCAUGUAAGGUCUCCUUUUAAUAGUAUUUCCAUCGGGCUUACUGCUGAAUGUAAAAUAUAUGGGAAGAUUAGAGAUAUAUGACUUAACUGACAUUCCAAAGUAUGCCACUGUUUGGGAAACCGAAAAGCCCCCGUGAACUCGUCCAAAUUGUUAAUGAAAACCUACUUGCCUUGAGUGGCAGUACCAAAAAUGACAAAGAACGGAAGAAGGCUGUGGAAGAAAUAGCAAGGGCUUUAAGUACUUUGCGAGAGCUGUUAACUGAUAAAUCAGACACCCGACUGACUGGCAAGGAGCGCGAUGCAGAAUUGUCAAAUUCUGAACGAGCACGAAUAAAUGAAAUCAUAACGGAUGUGACUCACGAAAUUAUAAAUCUCAGUCUUUUGCCGUUAAUUGUAAACAAUUUAGAUGCUAUCGAGUUUGAGAGUUCUAAACACAUCGUUGAUCUGUUCGGUCUUAUUAUGCGAAGACAGGUAGGGUCAUACAAUCCAGCCGCUCAGUAUCUUUUGUCCAACACUCAAAUUUUAAUAUCAUUAUUACAAGGAUACUCCAAACCCGAUAGUGCUAUACACUAUGGAACGAUGCUUCGCGAUGCAUGCCGACACGAAGCUUUGGCUAAAGUUGUUCUUCGUUCUCAAGAGUUUUAUCAGCUUUUCGAACAUGUACAAGGUACAGCUUUCGAUGUAAGCUCAGAUGCCUUUGCAACACUGAAAGAUUUACUAACACGCCACAAAGCCCUCGUAGCAGAUUUCCUCGCAGCUAAUUACGAUGAAUUUUUUAAUCACUAUAUGCAUAUGAUCUUGUCAGACAAUUACGUUACAAAAAGACAGGCACUAAAGCUGCUAGGUGAACUUUUACUUGAUCGACAUAAUAUAUCAAUAAUGACAAGGUAUAUUGCAGAUCCGGAAAACCUUAAAGUUAUCAUGAACAUGUUAAAAAGUAAAGAGAAGCAAAUUGCUUUUGAAGCAUUUCAUUGCUUUAAGGUUUUCGUCGCAAAUCCAAACAAACCACCGGCUGUUCAUAUGAUUCUCUAUCGUAAUCAGGAGAAAUUGUUAUCUUUCCUGUCAAAUUUCCAAACGGAGCGUACAGAUGAUGGUCAGUUCAACGAUGAAAAACAAUACUUAAUCAAGCAAAUUAGAGAAUUGAAGCCUAUAUCAAUUCCCACUAAUGCUAGUGCCACUCAACUAAGUACAGUUGCACGCACAAAUUGAUUUCAAACUUUCAGUAAUCGUAUGUUACUUCACGUACCGUAAUCUAUAAGGAAACAUGAUCUGUUUGAUAUUUGGGUCAUUUGAAACAGAAGGUUAUGCUUACCCGUCUACGCUCUGAUUUGUAGUUUAUAAAAUCGAAAAAAAAUAUUAUUCUGUGAAUGGAUAAACAUUUAAAGUGGUUUUGGGAAUAUAUAUAUAAACAUUUUUUGUAAGUAAUUUUCAGGUUUAUUAUUAUAUUUACCCUGAUGCUUCAUUGGCGGCGGGGGGGGGGGCACGGGGACUGUAUUACCUAUGGUGCCUAUAUAUUUAGUGAUGAUUUUUGUUGUUGUUAUUAUUGUUGUGUUGUACACUACACUAUUAUUAGAGUUUAUUAAGUUCUGAUGACCUCAAUGACUGACUAUAGAUAGAUAGUUUUCUAGAUUCUGCCGCAUUAUUUAAUCUUUUUCACUCACUUACAACACCAUUUCGUUGGUUAGUGCAGUUGGAUAUGUUCUAUUUUGUAUAACAUCUUUAUUUGAAUAACAAUUCCCUUUUUCUGUCCAUAUCUACUGUAGAUGAUAGAAUAUAGUAUGUAUGAAAGUAUGUAUAUAUGUUCAGUUGUCUUUCUAUGAUAGUCCUGUUUCACUCACACUCUCAUGCCAUUUCACUCGCCUGUUUUUACUAUCAUCUCUCCCCUUUUCUUUCUUUUCCUUGUCUUGUUUGUUUCUGUUGUUUAACUGUUUUAUCUGCAUGUAAAAUGCCUUUCAUAGAAAGAGGAAGGUAAGUGGACACUUAUUUUCUAACCUCUUGCCUCUUCUGCUUCAUCUGCAUCAAUAGGACAUUUUGCUUAAUUUCUUUAAUUUUUUUCAAAAUGUAAAAAACAAUCACUAGUAAGUAUAUAUCAACCAAUCAAUCAGUUGUCUAUAAAUUCACUUCCCUUAUUUUAUUAUUCUAGUAUGUUGUUGCACGAUGAUGCUAGUUUGAAGUAAUCUUUUGUGUUGACGCCCCCUCCACCCGACCCCGGCCCCAGCCCCUUGCCCACCUUUAUUUUUUCUUCUUGAUAUAAUCUAUCCAUCUCUGAGCACAUCAGACAGAGCUGUGUGUGUGUGUGUGUGGUGUAAGGCUGACGUUUUCUUUCUGACUGUAGUUUCAUCGCCUUUGCGAUAAUGAUUAUCAUUGUUAUGCUUCUGUGUGUAUACUUCGUGAUUAAAAUUCACGCCUAGUUUGUUUUCAAUUUCUAUCAUUUUUUCUUGUUGUUUUCUUCUUUCCUUCCCCCUCUCUCUCUUUCUCUUCCUCCUGUAUGUAUUUAGUGGCAUAAAUUUAUAGUGUAUGAUUAUUGUUCCUGCCGAGUACACUAAUUUCUCAUACUCUAGUAGUAUGUCAUUUUGCUAUUUGAAAAAAGAGAAAAAUAAAUUAGUUCAUAAGGUUUUGG